AGGCGGGGAGCGUACAAAGCGGCGCUGGAAGCUAGCGGCAGUGAGGCCGCGCCUGGGGUCCGGCAGCUCGGCGUUCCCGCGGCCUGAGGCGUCAGCUGCGUGGGCGCUCACGCAGGGCGGGUCGCACGGCGCCAGGCUAGAGGCAAGUCGUGGCGGCGGCGUCGGGAACAGCAGCGGCGGCGGGAGCGUGGUGCUGACAGGCCGUGGGAGAAAUGGGAGACCCAGGGCCGGAGAUAAUAGAAUCUGUCCCACCAGCUGGGCCGGAGGCUUCAGAGUCAACCGCGGAUGAAAACGAAGAUGACAUUCAGUUUGUUAGUGAAGGACCCUUAAGACCCGUUCUUGAAUAUAUCGAUCUAGUCAGCAGUGAUGAUGAAGAGCCUAGUACCUCUUACAGUGAAAGAAUGCCUGAAUCUAAAGUAUCAUCCUCUGAGAACCAUCGCCCAGAGAUGUGCUCUAGCUGCAGUGUUCCUCUUCCCAUGGGAGACAGCAGCUCCUCCUCUGGGAGUUGUGCCAACAGUCCGCAAAGGAUAGUUUCUCAACCUUCUUCUGUUGAGAACCCUUUGGAGAACCAGAAAAAUGAUCACAAUAAUUCCAAUGUUAGUGUCUCUGAAAAAGAGACACUUAAAUCACAAAGUAAUCAGACUCUGCCUUCGGCAUCACUUCUGGUCCCCCAGGAGUCUUUGGCUGUUUCUGAGGUCAAAGAGGAUUUACCUAGCACGAUGUCUUCAACUUCACAGAGUGGACAGGAUGCCAUCCUGUAUCUUCAGACACAAGUGGCUGAGAUGUCCCGAGUCAUACGUGAUCUACAGUCCAGGAGUUGUUUUAGAUUUCAUCAUUCUAGGCCAAGCGAGAGCUCGUCAGUUCCUUGGGAUAUCUCCAGCUCUAAGGAGGACAAUUUAUCUACAGUUGAAGAGGAGGCUGACUGCAAAUCUCCAUCAGCUGAUGACAAAGGGCAGCCAACUGACCCCAUGCAGUCUAGUUUCACGGGUCUUUUGAAGAGAAUGGAACAAAGGGGUGUUAUAAAGAGGGUGACGAUCCAGUCUGAAGCCGAAACCUGUGAGGGCAAGCCUGAUUGGAUGACUGCUAAAAAACGCUUGGUUCCUCCGCUGCAUCCACUUUUGAGAAUUGCUACCACUGAAGUUUUUAAAGACCCUGCUGAUUGUCAUCCUUCUUCCUUCAUGGGACAUAGGGUUUAUCCUGUGGCCAAGGACACAUCUCCUUUCCAGCCAAAUCCACCAGCUGAGGGACCCAUCAUAGAUGUAUUAGAACAUAGCAAAAGAGGGAACACAACAUCUCCUUUAGACUCUACCUCAAAAGAAAUGGAGGUCAUGGGUUGCAGGUUCUACCAUGCUGCUUCCAUUGCAGCCCGGGCUGCUAGCUACAUGGCCUAUAUGACUCAGUAUCAACGUAAACUCUGGGAAGACAUGGAAGACCUGGUUCAUGACCCAGAGUUUGAUCGUGGGAAAGCAAGAUGUAUAAUAUCUGAUGGCAUGGAUGCAGGACUUUGGCAGCUCUGUACCACUAGGGACAUAAUGGACUCUGUAGUCAGAGUUAUGGCCAUGGCAGUAGACUAUAGAAGACAGGCCUGGCUUCGACUAACAUCUCUUACAAAGAAAACCCAGGAGAAGAUCUUACACUUGCCCUUUGAUGGUACAUCUCUUUUUGGACAAGAUGUGAAUGCUAUUGUUGCAGAAGACAAUAGUAUUAAAGAAAAUGAAUAUAAGGAUCACAAUAAAUACUAUACUCAGCAUCGGUACUUUUAUAGUCAUGAUCAGAAAGCACAUUAUCACAACAGAGGGUACUCCAAAGGGGAUUGGUACAAACCCCGGAAUCACCCCUAUAGAUACAGAAAAAAAGGAGACUCCCCAGAACGACAUGGGUAUAAGAACUAAUGCUCUGACUCUGGAUAUUUAGCAGAUUAGCCUUCCAAGAUCCUAUUUUACCUGUUCUUCCCAGGUUGAAGGUCAUCUCAAAAAACAAGGAGAACAUGUCUGGAAUAAUAACACCUUAUGUUUGAGUUCUAGACAUUCAGAAUGAAGUAUAUAUAAAAAGACUUAAGCUUUAUUGGCCAAAUGGAGACUUUGUUCUAAGGAGUGUUGGAUAGAGGUUUACACAGUAUUUUUGGUCCAAACUAAGUCCAGAGAAGUGUACUCAGGAAUCUUCUGGAAUUAAAAGAAAAUACAUAGAUUGAUGAUGCCCCAGGAAACUCUUGUUGGUAAACUGAGGACUAGCAGAGUUUUGGAUCUGUAAACAAUUUGCUACUAGAUGAGUGUGUCCUAAGACUGAAGUGUAAAGCCUUCAUCGUUGCUUCUGGAACUUCAGGCUUCAGCUUGAUGGGUCAUCAACAAACAAUAGCUCUGUUACAUACAGUGCCGAUGCUAAGAUGAUCAGCUCACCAUAGCCCAUACUAUUACCAAGCUCUGUGAGACUUCAGAAUUAGUCUUGAAGCUAUGUGUCUGCUGGAAUUCAUUAAAAAUUUUGCCAAAUCCAGUGUACUUAUAACUGAGGUGAUUAAAUGUCACAGGUCUACUUUUGGACUCAAUAUGGAAAAAAAUAUGAAAAAAAAAUAUCUGUAACAUCACUGUAGAAAAGACAAACUGUCUUCAUCCUGGCUAUGAUGGGCUACCACACUAUCAGUACUCCUAAUGCUGCAUGUGAGGUAGCCUCAGUGCCAUCAGUUCUACUAGUCUUUGAGUUACCAAGCUCUCACAUGAACCACCCGUGAGACUCAGGCAUAGAAGCCUCUCUAAUGUGGGCCUUUCAGUGAGAUGGCCUUAAGCCUGUCUUCUAAGCAGUUGGUUCUUUUGAGCUUGAUAAUGUGUUACAUUCUUAGAAUAGACAAAUGCAUCAUCGUGGCCCUGGAAAUACAGGAUAUUAUUUCUAUCAUCCAGGCAUGCAAAUGUGAACUCAUUAAGAGCAAGAAUUUCAAACAUGCCUGACAAUCUCAUCUCUCUUGAAAUAAAGGGGGAUCCUAUUAGUCUAGACUUCAUUGUGAAUCCUUGAGAUAUAAAGUGUGACUGGGUGUUUUCAAGAUACAUCGCUGUUUCUGGAUAUCUAGAUAAUAAUACCUUUUAUUGGCGUUCUUAAAAGGCUGGAAUCAAGACUUCAGUGACAUGUUCUUGGUUAAGUGGUUAAUUUGUCAUGUAAUCUAAUCGGACUCAAUCUGAGAUGACUUAACAUUUUGUUCCCAAUAAUUCCAUCUUUUUGGAGCUGGCAGCAGAUACCUCAAUUAUAUUAAUGUCCCACAGUAUCAUCUCUUUAAUCUCAAGGCAAUGGCUGUAUGAUAAACCAGCCCCUAUGUCCCUGUCUUCACAGCAUGACUUAAAGUAGAGAAAAUGUCAAGUUUGAGGAGGUGUGAACACUCAACCUAAUGUAACUUGGCAGCCAAAAUAGAAUUUUUAACGGAUGUAAUUCUGUGACCUCUUGGUCACAAAUUGGUCAAACAAUCUGCUUUUUCUUAAUUUUUAAUCUGCUUGAUUAAAAUGUUUUAGGUAUACUAUUAAUGGAAUAUAGCACUGUCUUAAGGGUUUAUGUGGUUUCUGUUUAUCAUAGUGGUUGACCUUUUCUGUGAUGCUCACCCUUUGUAAUUCACUAGAAAACUUCCUACUUUCAUACCCACAUUCAGCAGCCUACUUACCUUACAUUUCUUCUGUUUUGUUUUUGAGACAGGUCUUAGCACAUACACCCAGCAGGCCUGGAACUUGAUAGAUAAGUAGACCAGGCUGGCCUUGAACCCAUAGAGAUGCUUGUCUCUGCCUCCUGAGUGCUGGAAGUAAAGGCAUGUGCUACUAGACCAGACUGUUGCUUUUCAUCUGUGCCAUAUAGAUCGAAGGCACGAGUUUCCCGCCUUGGAAGGUGUUACUUUGUCAGAUAAUUUUAGGGUCUGUAUUAGUCCUGUUUGUUUUAUUUGUAGACCAAACCUGAACUAGUUUUUAAUCAAGAUCAUUUAGCAAAUUUAACUAAAUUGUAUCUAGAGUUAAUAUUUACUUAAUAAGUUAAUAUUGUCCACAAAAUUUUACUUUGUCUUUCUUAGGUUCCUACCAGGGGUCUCUAAAAUGUCUCUCAGACAAAGUCCAGAAAAACAGACUUUUGUAGCUUGUAUUCAGUGCUGUACAAAGGGUAGACUUUAGCCCAUAACUAGCAGUGCUCUUUCCUCUGAGGGCAGGGUAGCUACCCAGACUUUACUGGGGCAAGUUGGCCUGUGGCUUUGUACAGCUUGUUUGCUCUGCAUUCUGCCCUGAAUUAGAUGAUACUAUGAUGCUUGGAGACGUGUUCUCGGAAACUGUUUUGACACGUCCACCUAAUUUAUUCAUACCAAUCCCUGCUUCAUAGUAAAUGGCAACAGAAAAGCACAUAAAAUUUAGCACUUUAAUAAUUUUGACAUUAUUGUACAGCUCUUAAGUAUUUUCAGGACAGCACUACUCUCGUCUUAGUUGUUUAUGUUGUUCAUUAAUGAAGUAAAAGUAACAUUGCUUGACCACUAAUUGAUGAACCCAAGCAACUCCAAAGAAUUGUGUUUUUCUGAAAGUGAAAAAUGUCGGGAAAUCACCAAAUUGGUGAUCAAACAGACCACCUAAUAGAAGUGCUUGGCACUGAGUCGGUGUGGGCAAUUGCGGUAGUGUAGGAAUGCUUAGCUCUAGUUGACUCGGUAAUACUCCAGUAUCCUUUUCCUGUUGCUCUCUCUCUCUUUUUACUCUGGCAUAUUGGAACGAUGACGGUGUAAAUGUCAAAGGUGGUCCUUGAUCUAGGGAGACACUCCAGUAGACGCCCCGUAGAAGAUAGUGAGAUUUACCCAGAUGCAUAUUUAGAUUGUGUCUGCCCUAUGCAGAGCCUGCAUCAGAAUUCCUGUUAGGUUGACUUUUGAGUGAGACACUUGCUUUUCUAGAUACCUUGAAGAGUUAAUUUAAUGAUUUAGUUUCCUUUCAUUCAAAAUGUUGUUUCUUGACUAGAUAUAAAAUGUAUUUGGAGAUAAUAUGAUUUUUUGUAGUUAUUAUAUAUAGAGAAAUACUAUUUCCGUUUAUUGUUAUAUAAAGUGCCUUUUUAAAUUUUAUUCUUAUGUUUAAGACCUAACCUAUGAUGUGGUAUUUAUGUGACUUCUGUACAGUAAUUUACUCUUAGUUUAUUAUCUUUAUUAUCUGUACAAUUGCACUAUUUAAAUGUACUCCUUCUGAAUGCUAACUUGUCUUUUUUGUAACACUGUUACUAAUUUCAGAAGGUAUAGAAGAAAUUUCCCUCUUAACAUCACAGAAGUUCUUUUUAGGUUUUAGUGGUUGGUUCUGUUUUCUAGACUUAAAAGCAGCUCUUCUUUUUCUUUGCAUGUUGUAGAUUUUUCUGACUGACUCAUCUGUCUCGCAUCUAACCUUGUUCAUAGCCAUAGCAACACUACUUAUAUCUGCUACAUGGAUGUGUUUCCUGGGACAAAAGAAGCAAGGACAUUAAAAGAGUGAAGUUGUUGGCACUGUAUAUUUAUAAAUUGUAGUCUGUGGCAGCUUCCUUAUCAGUAUAAUCACUCCCCCCCCCCCCUUUAAAACUGGCAGCUUCUUUAUCAGUAUAAUUGCAUUUAUUUACUUAGCCUUCAAAAUGCCAUUUUGAGGACAGCAUAUACUCUUUCAGCCUACUUUACUGCAUUAUACCUAAGUGACCUGACUGUAGUGUCCUUAAGGGCCUGAUACAUCCAGGAUAUAUACCUCUCAGGUAUUGUAAGCAAGGAGGUUGAAAAGACAGAGUCCAGAAUUCCCUCUCGCUGUAGAAUUGGAUACUGAUAAGGGUGAACGUAGAGGCUAGCAACACAUUCAUUGUUCUUGAAGUUCAUUGGGAUUCUGCUGAAGGCUUGAAAUUGUGGGUUAGAUCUCUUUACAAGUAGAAGAUUGCAAUAACAAAACCCUUUUUCUUUAAUGUGAGGCAUAUUUUUGCCCCAGUCUUUGUACUGUCUAGUUCCUGUUUUUUGGAAUUUACCCUUAUGUACUUAAUGUUGGUGGCUAGACCGAUACCUGAUUGUCACUGUGGGCACAUCUUAUGCAUGUCAUUCAAUUGGCCAGAUUGGUUCUGUAUGGUUUUUAGUGGAUAUAAAAACUAGUCAGUCCUUCUCACUUAAAUUUUAAAGGAGGAAGUUACCAGUAAGUAAAUGUUGAUUACUGUAUUGAAUGCAAAUCUUUCUUUUCAUAUUUAACAAGUUUUAUAAACCAUGAAAAUGUAUGGCGUUUCCCUUCCUGAAUGAUUUUUGAGAAUGCUGUUUUAUUAAAUCCUUUUUCUCUUAUUACUGGAGCCCCAUUUUUGUACUCCUGUGUCAUUAUUUAUUUUACUUUAUUAUAAUGCACUUUUGUAACGUUUAGAACAUUGAGAUCUUACUACUGGAGCCUGUGUUCAUUUCCUGUAGGAUAUAGAGGUGGUCUCAGUUCAGUGUGUCUUGAGUGGGCUUUUAUGUAGCCGCCCCAGCUGCCCCAGACAUGGUUUUCAUGUCUCCCCUGGGGCCAGGCAUUUCAGGGGUGUGGCAUCAUGCUAGGCCUUUAGUCCUGCCCUCUUGGUGGUGAUUUUGAUCUGUCUUUCCCGAGAACCUCUUUCCAAAAGGAAGUCUGGUUUUCUUUUAAUCUUGCUGAUGUUGAUAUUUUUAACUCUACCAUUAUACACUUAACAGAAAUAUUAUGUGUGUGUUUUUCUGUACAGUACAGUACUUGGGGGGGAGGAUAUAUGUCUGCGUAUAGUGUGUGUACAUAGCAUGUGGAGACCAGAGGUUAAUGUCAGGUGAUUUCUUUAUAUACUUGAUAUGGUUUUUGUUUGUUUGGGGUUUUUUUGUUGUUGUUGUUUAUUUAAGACAGGGUCAUUAUUACUGAGCAGUGAGUUCACAGGGUUGGUUGGCUAGUCUGGUGAGCCAGGGAGGGAUUUCCUACCCCUCAUCCUGGAUUACAGACACACACUGCUGCACCCUGUAUUUCCGUGGAUGCUGCAGUGAUUGGGGCCUCACACUUAGGUGGUCAGCACUUUAGCUUUGGAGCCAUUUCCCCACCUCUUCCUUGCUUGCCUGUUCAAGUUUCCCUCUCCCCAUCACCCCUCCCUCUCUCUUUUUUUCCCCAACCACCCCACCAAUCCUAUUUCACGGUCCUAAAUGCUGGAAUUUCAAGUGUGAGCCACUAUGUCCUACCAUCCAAGCCUUUGAUAUGAAUUUGUAUAUUUAAAUGUCAUUUAAUUUGUAUGUUUAAUAGUCAUAGGCAUUUGUGAUAGGAAUGUUUUUAGUUUUCCCUAAAAUCCUUAAAAAUAUACAGGGGCUAGGAAUAUGGCUCAGAGGGGAUAGUACUUGCCUAAUGUACAGAAAGCCCUGGGCUCAAAGCAUAACCAGGAAUGGUGAUGCAUGUCUGUAAUGCCUAAAUGUCUGACAUGCCUAAAUGAUGCACUUAGUAUGUAGGUGUAGGAGGAUCAGAAGUUCAAGGUCAUCCUUAGCUAUACAGUGCAUUCAUGGUCCUCAUAGUCUACAUGAGACCUUGUCUCAAAAGGAAAGAAAAAAAUCGUAUAGCCAGUCCAGUCUCAGAAGUGAUCUCUGACUAUUGAACUAUAUUUUUUAAUAUCUCAUUUUAAUGACAUUUUCUUAGUUCAAAUGUAUUUAUUUUUGUCAGUUUUGUUGGUUUUGUCUUUUGAUACAAAGUCUCUAUAAUCUCAAGGCAAGUCCACCUCACUUUCCCAAGUCCUGGGGUUAAAGGAGUGAGCCAUUGUGUAGUCUUCACAGAUGCAUUCUGUAUAUACUAAUAUGUAUAGCCCUGUUAUUAGCCCUGUUAUUUUGCUCAAUCUUUGGGUUUUAAGGGUUUGGUUUUUUUUAUUUUUUAUUUUAUUUUUUUUAGGGAGCUAUUGCUGAUGGUAUAUUUAGGGUAUCUGAGGUCAGAGUUCUCUGGUUUCUCUCAGAACUUUGAAGACCUCAGGUUUUGUUUUCCAGUAUUAUAGUAUUUCUGCUAGCCUUGACUCCUCUCUUUGGUAUAAAUAAAUGUUGUAUGUUUGGUGAUUUUUCAUCUUGUUUUUACUGCAAAUGUCUCAAGUGUUGCAGUUAGAGGCUCUCUUAGUCCUUUCACAAGGCUGUCUUCUCACAUGCUCCUCUCCCAUGAGCUGUGUCCCGUGCCUGUUGUUUUUCAUUACCUGUAAGAGUGACUCACAGCAUUCCCUUGGAAGGGACAGUUAGAACUCCCGCUUAUGUCUGUGAUAGCUGAUUCACUCCUUGGGUUUAAUGCAGUUUAUGUGCUUAUGUUGGCUUAACGGCAAGUUGCAGUCUCUGAGUUAGUGAGGCAGCAUUGCCCGGAAUAGUGGUGGGAUGAAAUGACCCGAGUCUAAGCACAAGUUGUAUUCUUGUUACUCUGUGGGGUGGGUGGGUGUGUACAUAUGUGGUCUCAUUGUAUAUCACCCAGGCUGGUUUAGGACUUGGGGUCCUAAGUCCUUCCUAGGACUUAGGACUUCUAACACUUCCUGCUUCAAGUCCUGGGAUUCUAAGUCUUGUUUGAAAACCGUUUGAUUGUUAGCGAGGUGUGGCGGCCUUGAAUUCCUAGCUUCUGGAGGCAGAAGCAGGUAGAUCUGAGUGGCCAGCUUGGUCCACAUGACCUGUUCCAGGGCAACCAAGGCUACAUAGUGAAAUGCUGUUUCAAGAAAAAGUAGAAAACCAACAAUAAUAAAAUACUUUUUGGUUGUGGCAGUUUUCCUGUUUGGAAUGCAGCCCAUUCCUUAUUAAGUAAAAUACAGUUAAUAUGUAAAUAGCCUCAUUCAGAUUUUUAGCACAGAAUUGUGUGUGUUGAUAUUUCUUUUUUUUUAAUUUUAUUUAUUUUUAUGAAUGUGAGUACAUUGUCGUUCUCUUCAGACAAACCUGAAGAGGGUAUUGGAUCCCAUUGUAGAUAGUUGUGAGUCACAUGUGGUUUCUAGGAAUUGAACUCAGGACCUCUGGAAGAGCAGUCAUUGCUCUUAACCACUGAGCCAUCUCUCCAGUCCCUUAAUAUUUCUUGAAUGACCUGAAAUAGCUCUGUGUGUUGUGAAUGGUUGGAUCACCUUCAACUUAAUUGCGUUAAUUGUCAGCUUCCUGUCUGGGAAGAAAGGUAAGGAGAGGAUGUAUCUGUGUGUACUAAGCAUUCUCUCCUCACACCUCCAUCUCUGCAGCUGUGGACAUGGACCUUGAGUCAUUAAGUGAUGUGUUUAAGUGCUGUGCCUCCUUGACGUAGACUCUUCUCCCCCCAGGCUCAGGUCAUGUGCUGCCAUGUCUUUGUAGACACAUCUUUUUCUAUCUAUGGCUGUCCAUGCACACUUGGCACUUGUCAGAUGAGCCACAUCCUCUUCACUCUCCACUGAGGUGGCCUUGUUCUGGACUAAGGCUGUUCUUGCAGUGCUCACGGCCUCUGUUCAACAAAGUACUCAUAGUCCACUCCCUUAACUGGUUGAUCUGGUCAUAGUUCUUUCUGCCCAGAACUAUGGGCAUUUUUGUUUAGUGAAACAAAGGUAGAAUGGUGCAGAGGAUUGAUUUUUAUGACACUAAAGGUACUGGCCUCAGUGCUAGCAAGUCUUCUAACACUGUUUCAGCCUUAGUUUCUCUACUUUAGUGCACUGUGUGUGGUGGCACAUGCCUUCACUGGCCAGCACUGGGAAGCAGACUCAGGCUGGCCCACACAGCGGGUUACAGGACAGCUAGAGCUAUACAGAAAGACCUUGUUCCAAAAUAAAUAAAUAUAAAGUAAUAACUGCAAUACUUUGAAAAACACUAAAGCCUAAUGCAGACUUAAUUUUAUAACUAAUUUUGAUGUUCCACAUUCUUAGAUUUUUCUAUGAAUGGGAUAAUAUUGGGUAUAAAUGGAUGAAAACUUUUUAAGAUUUCUUAUAUGCAUGCCAUGUAUUUUGAUCCUAUCUCCCGCCCCCCUUCUGAACCUCUCCCCACCCCCACCCACCCAAUGGCUCUUUAAAGACAUUUCCCACUGUGUGAGGCCAUCCAUGGGCUUUGGCAGCCCACCAUUAGUCAGCCUUUAUACCUACUGUGUGCAGGCAAGGGCCAAGAAAGGGCUGGGGCUACUGAGAGUUGGUUGUAGCCUCACCUGGGACCCUGUCUCAAUACUAAAAGCAAGAGAGAACUAGGUAUUGUCUUGAUCGAGACAGAUGCCAGUGCACUGUAGAAACUAUUUCAUUCAGAGGAAAACCUGUGCUGAUAUUGGAUGGGAAGGUCAGCUGGAGAGUCAAGGCUUUUCUACCAGCUGUCUCACCUGGGCUUUGGGGAUGUUAGUGUAGUUGGUCUGCUGGAGAAACGACCAUUCCUUUAGGUGGAAGAGCUGACCCAUGGGUGAGAUGGCCUGGAGUGUGCCUGGCUUCAGGAUUGUUAAGAGCAGCUGUUAGGCAGAAAUGGAGGAGGGAGGUUACACUGCAGAAAGGAUAAGUUAGGCAUGAAAAUAGUUCGGUCCUUAUGACACAAAAUGGUGUUUGAAGGAGGUUUUGGAAGUACUCUGUCUUCUAUGGACAUCCAAAACAACUUAAGCUCAAAGGAAGAUCUUAGCAUUGCCUUUGCAGCCUAGGGCAGUGAAAAUCAUGAGAAAGAAUUUAGGGCUAUUGGAGAGGAAGCACUGGAGACAAACAAUGUGGUUGUCCAUCUUGGCUACAGCUGCACAGGGCCCUUCAGCCAGCACCUUCCUCAGAGCAGCUGCACGUGGCUAAUAGCUCUUAGUGUUGACUUAGGAAGUUUCCAGGUAGACAGCUUUGUAAGACUGCUUAAUUGACAUCUGUGGGUGUUUUAGAGGAACUGUAAACCUGGUGCCAGUGGUCAUUCUGGAAGCCCCAACCACUUUUUACCAACUGCUUUCUUUUUCCUUUUUAUUUUUACUUUUCCCUGAUACAGGAUCUCGUGUAGCCCAUGCUGACUUUGAACACACUGUAUAGCUGAGGAUGAUCUAGACUUUUUUUAAAUUCUGCCUCCACUUCUUGAGUGUUAGGGUUACAGACAUGAGCAACCAUGCUUGGUUGAUGCCGUGCUGACUCAAACCUGGGCUUGGUUCAUGGCAGACAAGCAGGUAAGCACCUUACCAGUUCAUACAUUCCAAGCCUUUUCCUUUUUGAGACAGGGUCCGCUCUAUAGCCCAGGCUAACCUUAGAUCUGCCGUGAUCCUUCCACUUCAGCCUCCUGAUGUGGGAAUCACUGGCAAGUAAUUGUGCCUGGCUAGGCACGCUCUCUUUUUCCCUCGAGUUCCUCCCUGGCUUGCUUUCUCCCAGUCCUCCCUUUCUCUGUUAGAGGCAUCACAGUGGCACUCGUGGUUGAGCAGGAACUCUCCUUUAUCACAAUUCUACAUAUUCAAAGGUAGUUAGGAAUUCCUCCUUAAUCCCAAAGUUGUGUAUACUGAACAUACACAUGUGUUUCCUGUGCUAAGAGGGUCUGUCAUUAGAAAAAAGAUGAUAGAAAGAUACUAAUAGUUUGCUCAAAAGACAGAUUGGCUCUUAUUUAACAGGUUUGACGGUCCCAGCUUCCUUAGUGGUAUACAGAACAGAAUGGGGUACUUCUGCAUGUUUGUUUUGACAGUGUUUAUAUAAAGUAGAUAAUCUGUGGACUUUGUAUUUGUGAACAACCGGAGUGUGAGGGGAAUGGCUUUGUAAAAAGAGGGUUCUUGGUUUCAGACUUAACCCUGGGAAUUGUGAAUAUAUAUUGUACCGCAUUGUGUUUAUCUCCUGCUCUAUCUGUAUUUAAUAUAAAAUUCUUGAGAAAACUUGAUGCCUUUCAAACUGUUUCUUUGGGAUGAGGCUUAACUCAUAAAUUGAGCAAAGGGGGCUUCUUGUCUCCAGAACUUUGGUGUUAGAAACCAACCUUGGAGCUUUAGAAUGGUAGCGAUAAAAGCUUUGAAUUGUUGACACCUUUGUUUCAGAAAAUCCUCCCAAUCUCCUGUGAUAGUCGGGUGUUAAUACAGACCGGGUGACAAUCAGAAAGAUGUGCCAGAAUAGGCUGUGUACUCAUGAGAAGAGGGAGGAAGGGGAGACUACUUAUGAGAGCAGGAGAGAGCGAGAGAGAGAGAGAGAGAGAGAGAGAGAGAGAGGGAGAGAGAGAGAGGGAGAGAGCGCGCAGGAGGAAGGUGGCAGUUGUACAGAGACAGGCUGAAGGGAAGAGACAAGCUGGACACAGGUGAAGAGAGAAGGAACCAGAAGAUUAGAACAGACUGUCAGGUUAGUUUGAGGCCAAGCAGAACAAUUCAAGAGAGGCGGAGAGAGAGAAGCCAGAUUGAAUCAGUCAGCCAUAAUCCAGAAAGAACAAGAAAGGGUGAACUUAUUCAGCAGGAAGUGUCAAGGCUAGAAGCUUCCAGAAUUAGGUCUGGGUUAGCAGACAGAGGCAGUAAGCCUCAGAGACAGUUCAGGUGAAUAAAAUACUUUUACACUAGAGCUGGGAGUUGGAGACUUAACGAGGAGAUCGUAAUAGGAACCAGUCUCUUUAAAGACAAACGUAUACUAGAAAGACACAUAUUUAAGUAAACAAAAAUAAUACUAAUCGGUGUGGCCACAUAGGUUUUGGUUUAAAAUGACAAUGGUACUUGGUCUCAAAACUGAAAAUAUUUUCUCUAAAUGAGCCAGUGAGCCAAUCUUCUCUCUGUAAGUCACUUAUCUUUAAUUCUUAGUUUUUCAUAUACUCUUGUAUCACCCAGGUUGGUAUCCAAGGCGUAGUCUCAAGACAAGUUUCUCACCACUUCUCAAGUAGCUGGGACUACAGGCAUGUGCACCUACACCAGACUCAAUGCGCUGCUGUCGAAUGUGGGGAGUUGUUUUAAUCCAACCAUUUUACCUUAAGGGUAUUUCCAAACAGUAAAUGAUUAAGAGCUUUAACACAGUCUGCCUUUAUCUACUCUUGAUCAUUAGUAGGUUUGGUACCAAUUCUAAAGCAUGUACUGCUUGUAGGAAACUGAGGGAAUAGAGAAGGAGGAGACUAACCAAAUAGAAGGCGUGGUGGCGCUCGCCUGGAAUCCCAACACUCUGGGAGGCAGAGGCAGGCGGGUUUCUGAGUUCAAGGCCAGCCUGGUCUACAGAGUGAGCUCCAGGACAGCCAGGGCUAUACAGAGAAACCCUGUUUCAAAAAAAAAAAAAAAAAAAAAAAAGGA